GGCAAUGUCGCCUUGAGGAACGUGUACUUUUCCUAUCCAAAUCGUCGACGAGCUCUUAUCCUACAGGGUAUUAACAUCUUAGCGAAGCACGGUCAGACUGUUGCUCUUGUUGGUCCCAGUGGAUGCGGCAAGAGUACCGUAAUCCAACUUGUUGAACGAUUUUAUGAUGCCAUAUGCGGAUCUGUGAACGUUGACAACUACGAUAUUCGUGAUCUUUCCAUCCGUCACAUCAGAGACUUUAUGGCCCUGGUCGGCCAAGAGCCAACACUUUUCAACAUGAGCAUACGAGAUAAUAUAGGUUACGGAUUGGAACGUUGUUCACAAGAUAUGCUUGAGCAUGCCGCUCGUCUGGCCAACAUCCAUGAUUUUAUAAUUUCGCUACCUUCGGGCUACGACACCUUGGUUGGCGCCAAGGGCAGUCUUUUAUCAGGUGGUCAAAAACAACGCAUUGCAAUUGCUCGAGCUAUCGUCAGAGACCCAAGAAUUCUAUUACUUGAUGAGGCUACAAGCGCUUUGGAUACCGAGAGUGAAAAGGUGGUGCAAGAAGCUCUCGAUAGGGCACGACAGGGAAGGACUUGUCUUGUGGUCGCGCAUCGUCUCUCAACGAUUCAGGUACUGCCG